AUGCCGAGUCGUGCGGCCUCCGUUUCAAAGCAGGCCUUGGCCCGAACGGCCACGAUCCGCAGCGUGCCCAGCGUCGAGGGCUCCGAGACGAGUCCCGAGAGCAACCUCGCCAGCGGCCUCUCCAGCAGCGUCAACAGCAAGGCCAGCGCCCUGUCCGUCACAGCGUCCAACGGCGCCCAGAUUGAGAGAGCACCGUCGCCUGCGGCCAAGCCUGAUGUCGGCAACGCCGCCAACGACUCGUCCGCGAAUUCAAAUAACGCCAAUGGCCUCAUGCCGAGGGUUGUGGAAUCGACGCCGCCCCCCGAAGAGACCAGCGGUAUGGCAGAAGGGGACCAGGACAACCACGAUAGCGCGCAGUGGGAUUCGACAAUUGGCAAAGCCGGCCUGGGAAAGACGGGUCGAGUCAUCAACAAACUCGUCAGCGACAAUGAAGCCCUGAAGCGCGAGAUCAAGAUUGAGCAAUUGCGAGCGGAAGAAGCGAAGCAGGCGGCCAAACUGGUCGAGGACAAGAUGGAGCGCAUGAUCAGCGACUACGAGAGCCGGCUACUAGAAGCAAACGUCACCAAGACGCUGCUGGCGAGAAAAGAACGACAGGUCGAAACACUGAUGGCCACGGUUGAUACCGAGAAGAAGAAGACGGUGGCGGCCCAGGAGCUGGAGCGAAACUGGAAAGACGAGAUGGAAAAGGUCAAACGCGACGCCAAGACACAAGUAGACGAUGCGACAAGCUACGCGCAGCUGAUGGAGGGCCGGUACAAUGCCAUCUCCUCUCAUUGGCGCGACCAGGGCGACGAAGUCAACAAGGCCAUCUCCACCAUCAAGACCGAGAUCAACACCAUCGUUGACGAGCGCAAGUCGGACGACGAUAAGAUCCAGACCCUGCGAGACUUGUGCGAGCAGCAGGACAGCAACAUCCAGAAGCUACGGCGCGAGAAAGAGGACAUUGCGCGAUUGUUUGAGCAGUACAAGGAGACGCAAGAGACCGAUUUAAAGGAUAUGAAGGAGAACGCCAAGAAGACGGAAGAGGAGCAGCAGAGGCUAUUAGACGAAGCUCGAGAGACGCUUCACAAGUUGAGAUGGGCCCUGAAUGUCAAAGAGAACGUCCAAGGCGCCCAAUAA